AUGGAGGACGGGUACCCGGAGCACAGGAUGAGAUUGAUCAGACCAUAUGUGAGCUUUAUAUUGGGGAGUAGUGUUCAGCACAGGCUCCACUGCAUUUCUCCUUAUCUCUUCCCUCGGUCUCAGCCAUGAAGUGCGCAGUCUGCCAGGACCCACUCUUUUCUAAUGUCCCAUCGGAUAUCGCCGAAGCUGCGGAUCUACACCUGGCAUCCAUUCGCUGCGGACACGUCUUUCAUAUGCACUGCAUCAACAGCUGCCGAGACAACACCCAUUUUGUACUGUGUCCUGUGUGUCGCCGGAGGCACAGCGGGGCAGCAGUCCGACUGUUCCUUGACCACAGCCCAGCCGAGUGCGCCAAUAGCGCAGGCAGCACCAGUGACCGCUCACAGAUUGUACAUGACAUCGAGCGACUGAAAACGGUACUCCACAGUGCAGUGGAGCUCAUUGGCGACAUCAUCUCUGAGCUGCUCAGCCGCACUGAUGAUCUGGAGCUAGUAUCAGCGAUUGAGGGUCUGGAUAUCAGCGAGUUUUGUCUAGAAAUUCCUGACAUGGACCUAGAUCUCUCUCAAUUACCCUUAGAUUGGUCCUAGUUUCAACUACCUUUACCAAACUAGGCGAUAUUCGUAUAGGAAUCAAAUUUGAUGCGCUGGGAUGGGCGUUUUGCAGGC